AUGGCACCUCCGUCUAUGCUCCUGGCAGUGGCCGCCGCCGCGAUCCCUCAGCUGACUGCUGCCGUCUCUGUGGACUUGCCAAUCACUUACUACAACAGCUAUUCCAGCGUCGACGUCGAGAUCGGAAAGCCCUCCAAGACGUACCGUCUUCACCCCGACACUGGCAGCUCCACCACAUGGGUUGUCGACAAGGGCUGCGCUGAAUGGUGCCACAACAACACGCCGACCGCCGACAUCGGCUACUUGGGCGGCUACGUUGCCGGUGAUGUCGUGAAUGACAAGUUUAUGGUCAACAACCACACCUGGCGCCAGCCCUUCCUCAGCACCUACUAUUCCGACUGGAACAACAUGCCUACCGACGGCUUCAUGGGCCUUGCUUUUGACAGCAUUAUUGUGGGAGACGCCAACAACGUGCUGACCAUGCUGAUGCCCAACCUCGAUGAACCCCGAUUUGGCAUUUACCUUGGCGAUAAUGACGCCGCCGAUAAGCCUGGCCUGCUGACGAUCGGCUCCUCCAAGGAGUCUGAGUACUCGAAAGCGGAGCUCACGAAGAUUCCGAUCGUCAAGGGCCCGGAUGGACGUUACGACGUCUGGCGGUCCACUAUCAAGGGUGUCUCGUUCAAGGGCUUCGACUCGUCGUGGUCCAUCUCAAUCGAGUUCAGCACACCCGGCGUCUCGGAGCCCAUUGUGCUAACGGCCUCGGGCGAGGACCUCCGCAAGCCCGGCUUCCCGGCGGCGCCUGACGCAUGCUGGCCGCCUUUCGAGGACAGCGGCGCCGAGGGCUUCACGCUCAUCGGCACGCCGUUCCUGAGGAACUUCUACACAGUUUGGGACUUUGGCGCCAAGGAUGAGACGGACUUUGAGCCGACUUUGGGAUUCGCCCACCUACUUGAAGAGAGUUCAGUCAAGUUCGAGGUCACAAACACAUCAGCAAACAGACGCGGUGCAGAGCUCAUCGCCAUGGACACGACGAGUGACUUUAGCCCGUACCGCGCGGACGGCAAGCUUUUCCGCUUUGUCUGCGUCGUGACGGGUGCCUCACAGCCGGUGGGACAGGCCAUCAUCGAGGGAGUUUGGGAAUACGUGUGCUCAUCCAAGAUCCCGUCCUCACAGUGCUGA